UCGUAAUUCAGCUUGAUAAGUACAUACGCAUACUCAUUAUCUCAAUAAGAUACUGUCUUUGUACUUAGUUGUCACAAAUUUAAGGAGAUAGUCCAGUGUUGCAUCUUAUUUUCGACAUGAGUGGAAAUUUCGGAUGUCAAUUUUGGAUAACGUAUGCUGGAGAUGACAAGGAGGCUUGGAAAUGUAUUGGGCUGGCACGCUCUGUUAAACGGACUUUGUCAACUCGACCACUCGGAGUCAUUUUGUCCGACAAUGUCUCACUUGACAUGGGGCGUCGUCUUCAAUCUGAGUUUCAAAUCUGUCACCGAAUCGACCCAUUGCUUCUCCAGCUGAACGGAAUACCUUACCAAUUUCGAUCCACUGCAAAAAUUUACGCUCAACAACUUCCACAACUGGAUCACAGCGUCUUCAUUGAUUGUAACUGUCUCGCUUUAAAGAACUGUGACGAAUUAUUUCGACAAAACGGAGUUCAGUGGGUCAAACAAACUGGAUCGGAAUAUGCCGCAAUUGUGGUUCAAUCAUCAACGGUGACAAAAGAAAACAAGAAGACAAAUAUCGAGAAAAUUGUUUCCAGAGAGAACGGAUUGAAAGUAGCCACACCGAGUAUGAUUGAUGUCGACGAUCAGGAGUUUCAUUACUGUAUGGAAGUGGAUUUUAGUGGGGAAACUCCAACUCAACUGAGUGGGGAUGAGAUAAAAAUGGUCUGUUUUGUCAAUGAGAAUCAUCCAUUGGAAUAUGAACGGGAAAAAGCGAACAAUCGUGAUGGAUUUCUAAAAGAGUUGGCUAGAUUUUGGAAGUCACUCCUGCCAGAAAACUUCGCUACUUCUCGUAAAUUGCCUCAGCUCUCAGCGUUGGACUCUGGUGAUCAAAUAUUGUUUGAUCAGCCCCCUUUCGAACUGAAUAAUUCCAUCGCGAUUGUCGGCAUGGCGUGCAAAUACCCAGGUGCCAACACAAUUAGCGAGUUCUGGGAAUUACUAGAAAACGGCACGGACUGCAUUGUUCGCGUCCCUGAAUGGCGCUGGACCAAGGAAAACUCGUACAUAGUGAUGGACGACGUUCGAAAAACUGAAGCUGGUUUCCUUUCUUGCCCGAUUGAAGUGUUUGAUGCUAAAUUCUUCAAUACGAAUCAGGCUGAUUUGGCAUAUCUCGACCCACAACAGCGUAUUGCACUGAAAGUAGUUUGGGAAGCUCUUGAGCAUGCAAGAAUUGACCCGGCAACCCUGAAGAACUCAUUAACUGGUGUAUUUGGGGGUUUCUGGAGAGGUGACUAUAAAGAGAUGCUGCAACAUCAAGGAUUUGCUGGCACAGAUUUUCUCCGAGGUUACAUGGGAAACGCGUUGGGGCCAUUGACGGCCAGAAUCGCUCACUUCUUAGAGUUGAUUGGCCCAUGCUUUUCAACAGAAAGUGGCUGCUCGACCUCUAUUGCGGGGGUCGAUAUGGCCUGCGAAGCCUUGAAAAAUGAAAGAGCAGAUGUUUGUAUCGCCGUGGGAGUAAAUCUACUCCUUCAUCCAUUUCCACUGAUUGGCGGACUUAUUGAGGGAGUCCUUGCUCCAGACGGUCGUUGCAAAACGUUUGACGCAUCUGCAAAUGGAUUUGGCCGUGCAGAAGGUGCCGCUUCACUUAUUCUCAAGCGGUAUUCGGACGCAGUAGCUCACGGUGACCGAAUUUGGGGUCUAAUUCGUGGAACAGCGGUUGUGCAAGAAGGCAUUUCAAAAAAUAUGGGGACUCCAACGGUCGAUGUAGAGGCUACAGCGAUGGCACUUGCACUACAGCGGGCAGCUGUAGACCCAGAGGAUGUGGAUUUUUUAGAAGCGCACGGGACGGGCACUGAGGUUGGCGACCCGAUCGAGGUCGCAGCAAUCGCAAGGGUUUAUGGAGGCAGAAAAUCAGACAAUCCACUUACAAUUGCAUCAGUCAAGACACAAAUUGGCCACACUGAAUCGGUGUGUGGGAUUGCAAGUAUUCAAAAGACGGUGCUUUCCAUGAAAUAUGAAAAAAUACCAAAACAUCUACAUCUAAAAGUUCUAAAUCCUGACAUUGAUUUGAGCAAAAUCCCUGCGAGAAUUCCAACCGAAAUAAUUCCAUGGCUAAAAAGAACUAGUAAACCACGGAUCGCUGGAGUUAAUUCAUUCGGGAUAACCGGAGCUCAGGCUCACGUGAUAAUUCAGGAACCACCUGAACCAAGCCCAACCAAGCCAAUUACGCUUGCUGAUAAUCGAAGUAUGAAAAUCUUAACAUUUUCGGGGAAAACCGAAAAAGCUCUUCAAGCUCAGCUAGAAGCAUAUCGCAAUCUGCUGCCAACUACAGAUGCCGAUUUGGGAGACGUCGAAUAUACAAUGCACAUGGGUCGGUCGCAUUUUGCUUUUAGACAAGUAGCACUUGGUAGCACGUCGGAGGAAGUCUUGACCUCGAUUGAAAAUAUAAAAUCCUUCAACUCGAUUCCAAACCUUGCUCCAAAAAUCUGCUUCCUCUUUACCGGGCAAGGUUCUCAGUACCUAGGAAUGUGCAAAGCUUUAUACGAUGACAGCGUCGUAUUUCGAUCAAACUUUGACAAAUUGGAUUCAAUUUUACAGAAAGAGCACAACAUUGAAAUUAAAGAAAUAAUUUGGAAUUCAAAUUUAGAAACCAGUUCCAUACAUUCAACUUUAUUCAGCCAAACGUCAAUAUUUUGCGUCGAAAUCUGCAUCCUUCGUCUCUGGGAAUCUUGGGGUGUGAAACCUGAUGCCGUCUUGGGCCACAGUUUAGGCGAGUUCGCAGCAUUAGUUGCGGCUGGAAUGAUGUGCGUCGAGGACGCUUUAAAGCUUGUGGUCACACGAUCGAAGCUAAUUGACGAAUUACCACGUGGCGGUAUGCUUGUUGUAGGAUCGGAGAUCGAACAAGUACAGAAAGCUUUAGAUCAGGCAGGACUCGGGAAAGGAAAUCCAAACGGCUUGGAGAUUGCUGCUGUAAAUUCGGUCACCCAGACUGUCGUUGCUGGAGACCUCGUCCUAGUAAAGAAAUUUAAACUGUUUUGCGAUAAUAAUUGCAUUAAAACUCAUGUGCUGGACUCGACCCAUGCUUUCCACUCAAGGCACAUGGACCCCAUUCUGGAGGAGUAUGGACGAGUUGCAGCAGAUAUGAAAUUUAAAGAAUCCAACUCCAAUGUCAUAUUCGUAUCAGCGGUAGAAGGUAAAAUCAUCCAAAGAAUUGACGUCAACUAUCUCAUAAAGCAUACGAGAGAAAACGUGAAAUUUAUGGAGGCGUCGCAUGCCGUGGUAAAAGAUGGGCUUGGACUAUUCGUUGAAAAUGGACCACAACCAAUUUUAUCAUCUCUUUUAGCCUCAAAUUCAGAAGAGAUUUCGGACAACAUAAUUCUGCUGCCAUCAGUACGCAGGAACGAAUCUAAUUGGGUCACCAUUCUUGACUCGAUGGGAAAGCUGUAUAAGGAAGGCAUUCCAAUAAAAUGGGAGAAUUUCCAUCGUUUCACAUCCGCAACCAAAAUUGACCUACCGGGUUAUGUUUUCGACGAGUCACCCCAUUGGAUAAAGAUUAAGGAUGACGGAACCGUCCCUUUUCAUCCACUGCUUGGCUCGUACAUUCCAAACGCCUCUGACGUCACUAUCUUUCAAUCAAGUGUUAAUGUGAAUCGCGUCCAGUUCUUGCGGGAUCACCGACUUGGCGAAAAGAUAAUAUUCCCAUGUGCUGGCUACCUCGACAUGUGCUUGACUGCUGGAUACGCAGCGUUGCAGUGCGACGAGGGAAAGUACAGAAAACCAACCACAUCUCUUGCCAUUCAAAAUUUUUCAAUAGCAUCUCCAAUAUGCAUGAGUGAGAUGCAUAGUACAGAGUUCCAGGUUGUUGUAUCAAAAACUCUCGAAGGGGAAACAACAGUAAAAGUGAACUCGCGUUUAUUUUUGGAACCAUCAAAAUAUAAAUGGAUUAACAAUGCGAGAGCCAGAUUCGUCAUAAAUUCCACCUCCCCCGAAAAUCAUUUAACAAAUUUCCAUGGACUGAAAUCCAGAAUAUGCGAACCUAUCAAUGAGUCAUUCGACUAUGAAAAAUUAAAAGAGUAUGGAUUUAAUUUUGGCCCAUCAAUGCACACCAUUUGCAAUCAGAGCUGGAAAAAUCCGGAAGCUGACUCUGGCGAAUAUAUUUUUUCCUUCAAGUGUAACGAAACUGUUGAAUAUCUGGAUAAAUUCAUCCUCCACCCUUGGGUAAUUGAUGCCACGUUCCAAGCACAAAUUCUGGGAAUGACAAUGCGCAGAGAUAAAUAUAUGAUCAAGGGCCAAUUGAUCGUGCCUAUUCAGAUAGAAAAAUUUAUCUGGUGGGGAGGCUCUUGCUCAUCUGGAUACAUAUAUUCGAAACACUUGGAUGGCUGUAACGAAGCCCGCAUUUAUAGCGAAGAGGGAAUCCUAAUAGCAACUGUGCUCGGAACGGAAUUUAUGGAGACGACCCUCAAUAAUAUAAUGGCUAUGAUCGACUCCCAAAAAAAUCCGUUGCCAACUAUUACAGAAUAUGUUUGGAAAGAACAUCUUGGAACGAGAGAAAGAAGAGUUGUCGUCGAUGGGGAAGAUGCAAAGUUGCAAAAUAUUGUAGGACCUGUCGAACCCGUGCAUUUAACACCUGAUGAGGGAACUGUCUAUAAUAACUAUGCUAAGCACGGUGGACUGUGCAUGCUUAAAGCAAUGAAAGAACUUGGACUCGAUCAGUAUCAACAAUUUAUGUGGCCUGAAAUAGCGCAAACGUUGAAAGUGUCUCAAAAUUUGCACAAGUUUUUGCGCUAUAUUCUUUUGGAGCUGGUCACAGACGGUUAUCUGGUUCUGGACCCCGAUCAAAAUCGUGACGCAUCGGUCCUUCAUUUUUCGUUAUCGCUAACUCUACCCUUCCCUACUUUGGAGAAAAUUUGUUCAGAUAUUUCCACUUCAACUGAGACCUGCCAGACUGUAAAUUAUACGUGGACCAGCACAAUGUCUGAACUGUGCAAGUUUUGGGCCGUAUUAUCAGACAUCCUAACUGGAAGGCAGCAAGCAUUACAAUUACUUUUUGAAAGUAAUUCCAACCUACCAGACGAAAGAUGUUUAGCCGACAUGUUUUAUGCAAAUUCAUUUUUUAAACAUACAACUGACAACCUUGUUAGCAUUGGAUCACGUAUUCUAGAACGCUUUCCAUCAAUGGGUGUUAAACCCAUGGCUCGAGUUUUAGAGGUUGGAGCAGGUGUUGGUGGAUGCACAGAAUUAGCAAUUGUUGGAAUGAAAAAUGGUGGUGUCUCGAGCUAUGAAUACACAUACACCGAUCUGUCUCCAGUUUUCUUACAGAGAGGGGCAACCAUUUUUCAGGACACAGGGAUCUCAACAAAAUUUGAAAUUCUAGACAUUGAAAAGGAUCCUCUGCAACAAGGAUUUGUUCCGCAGUAUUACGAUGCCGUACAUAUUGGUUUUGUUUUGCAUGCAACUAAAAACAUUGAGGAAUCAUUACUCAACGUAAAAACCUUGCUUCGACCGGGGGGAUACGUUUUUCUUUUUGAGCUUGUGGGUCAGUCGAGGGACGUCAAUCUGACGUUUGGAGGCUUGGAAGGGUUUUGGAGGUUUGAAGAUAUUCAUUUACGACCCUGGAAUUGCGAAUUAGAUCAAUAUGCAUGGCGUACUUUAUUAGAAAAGCAUGGCUUUAUAGACUGUACAAUUGUACUUACUCCCUAUGGAGCAUGUGAAAUCAUCGCUCAACUAAGCUUAGAUAGUGAAUCUCAUUGCGAACAAUUAUCAGUGCUCCCAAGGCGUAUAACACGCCAGCCGAAUUGCUGGCUUCUGUUUGGUGGACAAGAUUCAAUAACACAAGGUGUAAAACAUAAAUUCGAGCUAAACGGAUUUGAAACAAAAAUUAUACUGUUAGAAGAUGUCAAAUCUACUGGUCAUGAUAUGGAGGAGGAUAUAGCUAACUUAUUUUCAUCGUGUACUUCGGACAUUAGCGGGAUUAUUUACAUGUGGAGUUUGGAUCCCACGGUUACUACAAAAAAUACGUGUGAACCAUUCCUUUAUAUAUGCAAACAACUACUUCAAAUUACAAACUUUCAGGUGCUCGUAGUAACAAAUGGGUGCAUGAAUAUUGGUGCAACCGAUUAUUACCAAAAUACUCCAACGGCCUCACCGAUUGUUGGAAUGCUUCAAGUUUUGGCAAAUGAGAACAUGGAAAUAAAGUGCAAAUCAUUGGAUAUCGAUGAUGGAGAGUUUGUGGUGGACGAAAUAUUUUCUGAAGUAUUCAGCGGAAAUAUCGACACAUUAGUAGCCUACAGGAAUAACAAGAGGUAUACUCCACGCCUUAAGAAAGUAAAUAUGAAAAAAUGUCCGCUUGACGUUCCUCCAACGCCUAAUACUCGCCUCAUUGCGCCCCCGACCAACUUAAUUUCAGAUUUGUACUUCGCACCCUUUGAGACCCUGCAACUAACCGAAGGACAGGUUGAGGUUGAAAUUAGGGCAUAUGCGCUUAACUUCUUAGACGUACUUAUGGCUACAAAACCUGACCCUAUCUUUACAACGUACAACACUUUAGGAAUGGAUAUUACCGGGGUUGUGACAGCACUUGGACCCAAAUGCAGUGAACGAAAAAUUGGGGAUCGUGUUAUUGUGAUCCGGCGUUCUGGAGACUCGCUACCCAGUCGUAUCGCAUCCACCGAGGAACUUACGAUACCCAUCCCAUCAGAUAUGACUUUUAAUGAUGCAGCAACACUACCAAUUGCAUCACUAACAGUCUACUAUUCCUUAGUACAUCUGGCCAAAGCACGAAAAGAAGACGUUAUUCUUAUUCAUACAGCGUCUGGCGGAGUUGGACUUGUUGCUAUUCAAGUUGCCAAGCAGAUUGGCUGCACAAUAAUCGUCACAGCAGGAAACCUCCGGAAGAGGAACUAUUUAAAAAGCUUAGGCUUGAAGUAUAUAUUCAAUUCAAGGUCGACAAAAUAUGAGCAUGACAUCAGGCAAGCCCUUGGGGGAAAUAUGGUAACUAUAGUUCUAAAUUCAAUAACAGGAGAAGGAUUUAAAGAGGCUACAUUAUCUGUCUGCCGAGAAGGUGCAAAGUUUGUUGAAAUGAGCAAAAUGAAUAUUUGGAGUAAGAAGGAGGUUCAUCUGAUAAGACCGGAUGUGAUCUACAACAAUAUUGAUGUAUCAAUUCUGCCAGAAGAUGAAUUAAAAAUGUUGAAUAAAGAACUACAUACUCUUAUGCAGGGAGGAUUUAAGGACGGCAAUAAACGUCCUACGCCGCUUCCGUACACUUCUUUUGAAUCAAAACAUAUUAGAAAUGCAUUGGAAUAUGUGGAGAAGGCAAAGCAUAUUGGAAAAGUGGUCAUAACAAUGCCAGAGUUGGACAAAGGAAGUAAUCAAUACAAGUAUCGAUUAUUCAACAAGGAAGCAACAUAUCUUAUAACGGGCGGACUUGGAGGAAUUGGACUUGAAGUUGCAAAAUGGAUGAGUGAGGUUGGUGCGAAAAACGUACUUCUAGUCGGUCGCAGCGCCCCAAAAUCAGAAGCUCUUCGAACAAUUGAGCUUUUGAAACAAAAGGGUGUUUCAGUCAAUUUCAGACAAGUGGACAUUGGAAAUUUUCAUGAAGUGAAGAAUCUUUUUAACGAAUUUGUUCCGGAAAAUGGGAUGUACCACAUCAGAGGAAUUAUGCAUGCUGCAGGAGUUUUAGAGGAUGGAACAUUGGAAAACCAAAAUUGGGAUAAGUUCGAAAAAGUAUAUCAAUCAAAAAUACAAGGAGGAUGGAAUCUCCAUAAAAUUAGCGCCGAACUGAAAUUUCCAUUGGAACACUUUGUUGUAUUUUCGUCAAUGGCUACUACCUUUGGUGCUGCUGGACAAAGCAAUUAUGCAUCUGCAAAUUAUUAUCUCGAUGCCUUGGUUCAUUACAGACAUAGCCUUGGAUUGCCAGGAUUAACAAUAAAUUGGGGACAGUGGGGACAGGUCGGACUGGCAGCAAAUAUAUCCAAUUCAGUUUACAAACCAUUUACUGUACAUCAGGGAAUUUCCGCUUUGGAAUAUGCUAUGAAAAGUCAUAACUCCCAUUUACAAGCUUUUGAGGCGGACCUUGGUACCAUUAAAAAGCUUGUGCCAUCAGCACGAGGCCUUCUCGCUGAUAUUGAGGUAACUACUUGCUUGGAUACUGAAAAUAUCGACGAAGAAGAAUUUUGGAUGCAAUACGACUCAUGUACAGGAAGAAGCCAGAAACUUGAUGUACUCAAGAAAUGUAUUACUAGUGUUAUCCGAGGGACACUCAAAAUGAAUAAAGAUGAUCUCAUAGAUGAGAACACAAGUUUUCAAGAUUUGGGUCUUGAUUCCCUUAUGCUAGUGGAGAUGAAGAACAGUCUUCAAACCUCAAUAGGGAAGCGCGUAAAGAUAUCCCUGCAUGCAGUGAAGGACUGCAAAUCAAUUGUGGAAUUGUCAAAUCGACUGGUGGAAUUGAUAUCUGGGGAAGACGAUCUUGUAGACUUAACAACAAGCGAGCUUCUUGAACUUGCCGAAGAAGAUGCACACCUUCCUGACGAUAUUCAAGUGGAUGAACUCGUUAUCAAUACGUUAAGACCUGUAAGCAGAAUAUCCACUGUUCUGAUAACUGGGUCAACAGGAACUCUGGGACCUUACAUACUUAGGGAGCUUCGAGAAAAUUAUCCAUUCGUUGAAAAAAUUUAUUGCUUAAUGCGUCCAAAUUCUUUUCUAUCUCAUGAAGAUAGAUUUAAUCGUAUGAUGCAAGGAAAGAACUUAAUUAGUCAGACUCACCUUGACGGAUGGGUAGAGGCAAUACCUGGAGACGUGGGGAAAGACAUGAUGGGGUUAAAUUCAACAAUGUAUGCCAAACUUUGUGAAGAAGUUGACGCAGUUAUCAAUCUAGCAGUGAAAGUUUCAUACCAGGAAAAAUAUAAUGCCUCGAAAAAUAUUGGUAGUUGCCGAAUUAUUAAUGUUCAAGGAUUCAAAAAUGUCUUGGAAUUUGCUGUGUCGAAAAAGCUCAAACACGUUUUCUACUCAUCGACAACAGGGGCCCAGACAGACCUUGGAGAAGAUGGAUUGUACUCUGAGACUUGGUCCACGCUGGAUGAAAUUCAAUAUAUUCCUAAUUCUGCGUAUCUAAUAUCCAAACGGAUUUGUGAAGUCUUAGCAAGUCAAGCUAUUGAAAGGGGUAUUCCUUGCAAAGUUUUUCGGAUAACAAACAUUGGUGGCGAUAGUGAAGUAGGUGGUAAUAUCCAACUGGACAACUUCUUGAUGAUUCGAUUCUUGGCAUAUAUGUAUCUUGGCUUUAUGCCUGCACAUAAUGUGCCUCUUUGCAUGUUGCCUGUCGAUUUGUGUGCAGAAUUUUCAAUGAAAUUAUUUUUCAAUGAGGAGGCUCCCAGUGGAUUGUACAACAUACUUAACCCAGACUUAGACGAUGAACGUGAAUUUGAUGAAGUUGCAUUGGAACUCGGCGUAACGGUUGAUGUGCUGGAACCUGACGAAUUCUUUGGUCGCUUAAAAUCCAUGGACGAUAGUGACCCAAUGCAUGAGUUUAUUAAACAAAUUAUAGAAUACCAGAUAUAUGUGGAUAAAGUUGAAGAGAGGCCUCCUGGGUUCUAUCUGCCAUGGCUCCAAGGCAAGAAAAAUAUUACUUGGAGCAAGAAAUUGGCUCAAUUUAUACCUGAUGUUUACCCCUCAAAGAUAAUGUCAUCUUGGGAUGUGCUAAAAAAAGAUUUAGCUACAGCAAAACGGAAUGGAAUCUUCGACCGAUACCGAAUUCGGUAUUCCAGUUGCACAUAAAUUAUUUGGCGUGUUUAUCAUGACUGGACUCAAUAUUUUCACGAUGUCCAUCCAUUAAUUAAAGUUUAUUUUUUUAAAUCAAGCAUGCAUCAGUGUACAUUAGCUAACCUACUCAUACAAAUAUACAUAUGUAUUUAUGUAUGCAUAAAGCAUUAAGGUUUGAAGAUAUAAUAAGAAUAACAAAUCGGAUUAUCUCCUCAAACAUAUUGCCCGAUACAAUUUUCAUAUGCAUAUUGAAGUGUUUAGUUCCAAGAUAGAAACUUUUCAGUAAAUAAUAAUUAUUAAUUAGCCGGAAUUAGUGCCAAGAGGUGCAGUUUCAUAGAAGUUUUCAGAGCAGGAAUGUUACCUAGUAAUAUUGCUGACAACAUGUAUGGAUACAUAGUACGUACGUAGCAAAAAUAAUACUAAACAUAAUAAUGAUAUUCAUUAGUCCUUAGUAUCUUUAGUAUUCUUCGUAUCGUAAAAUAAGUUACAAGGUGUUGUAAGCGUCGUACUCGUAAGAUUUUGUCAUCAAGAGUCUCAUUACUAAGCUUACGAUUUUUACGAAGCUUAAGCCCUUCUUUCUUCUUCGUACUUAAAAAUAUUUUAUGAUACUAAGGAUGCAUAGGAAUAGGGCAUAUCCUCAAUGAAAAUAACUAAUUAUGCAACAAAUAAAUGUAAAUUUUUGCAUUCACAAAAA